GUCGCCUCCCAAGGUAGCAGAGCUGGAAUUUCGCCGUGCUGCAUCCCCUGCUCGGGUAAUGUUUCUCUCUCGCAGCUCUGCAGCACGGGGCAGAGCCCAGAGGACCUGCCUGCACUAGAGUUCCAGAGAGAGCGUAGGAUCCCGAGACAGCAGAACAGAUGCACCCUUUGGCAGCCAAUUGCACCCUGCACUAGACAGAAGUCCAGGGAUGUUAUAUUUUGGAAUUAUAUUUCUCCACCGUGGAAUUCAUGCAGUUCAUUCCAGAAACAUUGACCCUCUGCUUCUGUGACACACCCUCGCUGAAGGUCUGAUGGACAGACACUUUCUCUUGACCCUGCAGCUGUUUUCUUUCAUGUGGAAGUUGGAAGACAAGGUGAAAGUGGCCAAAAGUUACCUGCUUUGGUGAAUAAGUAUGCUCCCCUUGGUUCUCAGAACAUGGGCCCUCGUUUAAAGCUGCAGCUGUGAUCCUCGGCUGUCUGUUGGCAUUGAAGGGACCUGAUGUUUUACGUUAUUGGUGGCAUCACAGUGUCUGUGGUUGCAUUCUUCUUCACAAUUAAGUUCCUCUUUGAGCUUGCCGCACGUGUAGUCAGCUUCCUCCAGAAUGAGGACCGAGAACGCCGAGGGGACCGGACUAUAUAUGACUACGUGCGGGGAAAUUACCUGGAUCCCCGGUCUUGCAAAGUCUCCUGGGAUUGGAAGGACCCCUAUGAGGUGGGCCACAGCAUGGCCUUCCGAGUGCAUUUAUUCUAUAAGAACGGGCAGCCCUUUCCUGCACAUCGGCCUGUAGGACUAAGAGUUCACAUCUCUCAUGUUGAGCUAGCAGUGGAAAUUCCAGUGACCCAGGAAGUCCUCCAGGAACCCAGUUCCAACGUGGUCAAGGUGGCCUUCACUGUGCGCAGGGCUGGGCGGUAUGAAAUCUCCGUGAAGCUUGGUGGAUUAAACGUGGCCUAUAGUCCCUACUACAAGAUUUUUCAGCCUGGAAUGGUGGUUCCUUCCAAGACCAAAAUCGUGUGCCAUUUUUCUACUCUCGUGUUGACCUGUGGGCAGCCACACACUCUUCAAAUAGUGCCCCGAGAUGAGUAUGACAACCCUACCAACACUUCCACGUCCUUGAGAGAUGAGCACAAUUACAGUCUGUCCAUUCAUGAGCUCGGUCCUCCGGAAGAAGAGAGCGCUGGUGUCUCAUUCGAGAAGUCAGUGACAUCCAACCGGCAGACCUGCCAGGUGUUCUUGCGGCUCACCCUGCAUUCUCGAGGCUGCUUCCAUGCCUGCAUUUCAUACCAAAACCAGCCAAUCAAUAAUGGCGAAUUUGACAUUAUUGUCCUAAGUGAGAAUGAGAGGAAUAUUGUCGAACGCAAUGUGUCCACCUCAGGAGUGAGCAUUUACUUUGAAGCUUAUCUGUAUAAUGCUGCCAACUGCACCAGCACGCCGUGGCACCUCCCACCCAUGCACACAAGCUCUGCCCAGCGCCGGCCCUCCACGGCUCUGGAGGAGGAAGAUGAAGACUCACCCUCUGAGUGUCACACCCCUGAGAAGGUGAAGAAACCGAAGAAGGUGUACUGCUACGUAUCACCAAAGCAAUUCUCAGUGAAGGAGUUCUACCUGAAAAUCAUUCCCUGGCGCCUUUAUACCUUCCGAGUGUGCCCAGGAACAAAAUUUUCAUACCUUGGCCCUGACCCUGUCCAUAAGCUGCUCACACUGGUGGUGGAUGAUGGCAUUCAGCCUCCUGUGGAGCUCAGCUGUAAGGAGAGGAACAUCCUAGCGGCCACGUUCAUCCGCUCACUCCAUAAAAACAUAGGAGGCUCUGAGACCUUUCAGGACAAGGUGAACUUUUUCCAGCGAGAGCUUCGGCAGGUACAUAUGAAAAGACCACAUUCCAAAGUCACCCUGAAGGUCAGCAGACAUGCCUUGUUGGAAUCGGUGCUCUUGAAAGCCACUCGGAAUUUCUCCAUCUCAGAUUGGAGCAAGAACUUUGAAGUGGUUUUUCAGGACGAAGAAGCUCUGGACUGGGAGGACCCUCGCCGGGAAUGGUUUGAGCUAAUCUGCAAAGCACUAUUUGACACCACCAAUCAGCUCUUCACCCGAUUCAGUGACACCAACCAAGCGUUAGUGCAUCCCAACCCUAAUCGCCCCGCUCAUCUGCGCCUAAAGAUGUAUGAGUUUGCAGGGCGCCUGGUGGGCAAGUGUCUCUACGAGUCCUCUCUAGGAGGAGCCUACAAGCAGUUGGUCCGAGCUCGCUUCACCCGUUCUUUCUUGGCCCAAAUCAUAGGACUGCGUAUGCAUUACAAGUACUUUGAAACAGAUGACCCAGAAUUCUACAAAUCUAAAGUUUGUUUCAUCCUCAACAAUGACAUGAGUGAGAUGGAGCUGGUCUUUGCAGAAGAGAAAUAUAGCAAAUCAGGUCAAUUGGAUAAGGUCGUAGAACUUAUGACAGGUGGAGCUCAAACCCCAGUCACCAACGCGAAUAAAAUCUUCUAUUUAAAUUUGCUGGCCCAGUAUCGGCUGGCCAGUCAAGUGAAAGAGGAAGUGGAACAUUUCCUAAAAGGCCUGAAUGAGUUGGUCCCUGAGAACCUUUUGGCUAUUUUUGAUGAGAAUGAGCUUGAGCUGCUGAUGUGUGGGACUGGGGACAUCAGUGUGUCUGACUUCAAAGCCCAUGCGGUGGUCGUUGGUGGCUCAUGGCAUUUCAGAGAAAAGGUCAUGAGGUGGUUUUGGACCGUGGUUUCCAGUUUGACGCAGGAGGAGUUGGCUCGGCUGCUUCAGUUCACAACAGGCUCGUCUCAGCUACCGCCUGGAGGCUUUGCCGCCCUCUGUCCCUCAUUCCAGAUUAUUGCCACCCCGACCCAUAGCACGCUACCAACUGCACACACGUGUUUCAACCAGCUGUGCCUCCCUACGUAUGACUCAUAUGAAGAGGUGCACAGGAUGCUGCAGCUGGCCAUCAGUGAGGGCUGCGAGGGCUUUGGCAUGCUCUGACCACUCUCUUGCCAUCCACUUGGCUCCCGUGCUUUCUGGAGCAUCCGAGUGCACAUAACAGACAUAACCACUGACCCUAGCAUACACAAAACCAUCAGCCAGAAGCUGCUGCGUGCUCUCCAGUGUCUGGAGUAUUCAGUCACCUACAAGCCUUGUCCUUCCCUCGCCCCCUCCUUUCCCACCUCCCCCCCCAGGCCACUUUGGCAGGUACAUAAUCUGAGCAACUCGCUCAGUCACAAGAGGAGGGCCAUGCCGCUGUGCUUGCACUUGGUUCUUAGAAACUCUCAGUAGCCGGAGUGGCACUGGACUACCUCUCAUGGUGACUGAUAGCACAAAAGGAUCUUUUCUGUGGUGUCAGAACUGGAAAAGGAGCUUUCCUUGCAAGCGUUUCUGGAAAUGAUCAUUAAUCCACAAAGAAGAACUCCCUAAUAAGCUUUUUCUUGACUAUGAGCCUGUGAGAUAGACAGACCUAAGAAUGUGAAAGAUAGCUGGGCUGUUGCCUCCAGUGCUGAAUGUGAUUCUCCUUUAGGCUUAUGGGGCACGUCUAGGCACGUGGCUGGCUUGAAGACUACUGAUGCUUGUCCCUGAGUUUGUUCUUUACACUGAGGUGUGGCUGGGCUCGGCCACUUACCUCCAGCUUAUGCAGUCUGCUAAGAGCUGGGGAUUCUUCAGAUUUCCACUGAAGAAAAUUUUGGAGCAAGAGAUUGGGACAGUACGAUAGCAUGACACCGAUCCCUGGUUCUCUCUUUGCUUGGUGUUCCCUGGCAGCACUAAGGCAAGGAAAAAGGAAUCAGUAAUUUAAUUGCUUCUCACAGGUCCUUAGGGCCAGGACACAGGGAACACACAUAGAGGAGAUACAUCAGAUGAUAAAUAAACACCUAGCUGUCCCAGUUACUUCCUGUCACUCCAUCAGUUACCAGCAAGGGCAGCUAAGGAGGGAGGAAGAUAAAUUAGGUUCACUGUUACGUGAUGAUUGAAGAGAACCUGCAGCUGUUUCUUGGAAGAUGACAACAACCUUUUUCAUUACGAUUUGAAUGAAGACGUUUUCAAGACUCAAAAUCUCAUUGAAUUCCCAAAUUUCUGUUUCUAAGAAGGCUUUGCUGCAAGCUACCAUUCCCAGUGGGGCAGUCGACUCAGAAUAUUUACAAGCCAUCUUUAUUGCCAAAACCAGCAAGUACAAAGAGUCCAGAGAUGAGGCGGGACUUGCAGCAGUGCCUUGGCCUCCUGGAAGCACGUCUGAGCCCUCCUGUUCCCAGAGAUCAUGAGGAACAAGCCUUCCUGAGCUGCUACAAUUCCUGCCUGACCUCACUCCUUCGCAGUUGUCAUUUGUCCUUCUUGGCAUGGGUGCUGACCUCACUCAUCCUUGGGGUCUAGGAUCCAGCAUCAGGGCCUCUGUACCCCAGGGUCCUCCAUGCCACACGGUCACUGCUCUCCUCAGGGACCAGGACAAGGUGCUGCUGCCUGCCCCGGUGUUUUCCUAUGGGAUAUGUACAGGCAAGUUGCAUCAUCCCCCGGGAAACAUGAUGCUGCCCCUCGGGCCCAGAGAGGGUUUCCAGCUGGGGGGCACGUGGGUUGGUUCUGCUGUCUUUGGCUGUUGUUCCUCUUCUGGAUUCUGCGUUCUCCUCUCCAGAGACUCAUGCUGGAGCUCAAGUUGAUUUUCUUGGUUAGAUCUGUCCUUUUAAGCUCUAGUCAUAGCACUUUUCAGAGCAUCCUGAGUACCAUUGCAGCCCAGCUGCGUCCUGCAGUGGUCCUUAGCCCCAAGGUCUUUGUUUAACAAAACCCUUUGGUACUGUUGUGGUUUUUUGUUCUUCUGGUUUACCCUGUCUCUCCUAACUAUUCAAAAGUAUCUUUGCUCUUUAGGCCUUUCCUUUGACCUUUUUUUCUAAUCCUGCUUUGGAACUAGCCAGUGUGGGGAGAGGUACACCAUGUCGGAGAGAAGGAAGAGUGUCUGUUACUUCUUGAGCAGUUUUCUAUUCACAUUUCUUAUUUUGGCCAGUUGUUUUAUUUAUGCCCUUGUGACCCAGAUGCUUGGGGAGCCAGCUAACCUCCUGGCCUUGAGUCUCUUCAAAGGAGACCAGGCACCAAGUGAACACCAAGGAAGAUAUCGGCAUGUUUCUAGAACUUCAGCAGAGACCAAGCCCUGCUGCUGCAAAUUUGUCAGGCCAGACAAAAGGGCCAGACGGUUGCAACAAUAGUGUAAAUAUUUUGUACAGUAAAUAAAUGAAUGUUUAAAAGGACUAAGGAGCAAGUGACUGCUUUACGUGAUGAUUCAGGGCUUAAAUUGGAGGUGGGGAAGGAAAAGAAAAAUUCAGAAAUGUUUUUGCAUUUCCCCAGUAAUGCCUUCAGAAGCAGUCAGCUUGGGCUUCCCUGGUGGCGCAGUGGUUGAGAGUCUGCCUGCCAAUGCAGGGGACGUGGGU